UGAGCGCUCCUGUGACACAAAACGACACGAAAGGGAAUGUUUUUGGCAUUAUUCAAUUACUCGCUGUGAAGCAGUGACGCUUCAUUCACCACCUUUUCUGAGGAGGAAUCUCUUUUUCCUCCAUUUGAAGGGGUGGAUAAGGCUGGAGAGGGGGGGCAUAGGGAAAGUGGAUGUCGCGACUGUGCGAUCUGUCCCGUUUUCACCGGGACCCGUGUUGGUGGUGAGCCGCCACGGAGCCGUUGUGGGAGUGUCGCGACGCACGCGAGGAUAGUUUCCCCUGGAUUUUUCAAUCAUUUGCGAGAUAAGGCUCCCGGACCACCUCCUCCUCGUCGUCGUCGUCGACGCUGCCCUCCCUUCCUCAUCCUCCCGGGUUUUUCUUCCUCUCUUACCUCCGUGAUUUUGCCGCGGUCCGCACGCGGGGUAGAGGCUCGCGCUCACCGCGAGAGGACUGAACGCAGCGCGCGAGGCCCCCGACCCCCUCCCCCACUCUCAAACCCCCUUCAGAUCAUCUCCUCACCUCCCUUCUUCUUCUUAAUAUUUUUCCUCAGAGGAGGAUUGGGGGGUUAUUUCAUUUUUACCCGCCUUUUUUUUCCAGCGGCCACUGAUAUUUUCGUGUGUGUUUUUUUCUCGUUUCUGAAGCCCCGACGAGGCCGGGCUGUGUACAGUAAAGCAGUGGGGAUGACUUUAGAGUCGAUGAUGGCCUGCUGCCGUAGCGAAGAGGCCAAGGAGUCGAAACGAAUCAACGCCGAAAUCGAUAAGCAGCUGCGUCGAGACAAACGCGACUCGAGACGGGAGUUGAAGCUGCUCCUGCUCGGCACGGGUGAGAGCGGCAAGAGUACGUUCAUCAAACAGAUGCGUAUCAUCCAUGGCACCGGGUACACAGACGAAGACAAACGUGGAUUCACCAAGCUAGUGUACCAGAACAUCUUCACCUCCAUGCAGUCCAUGAUCCGUGCCACCGAGACCCUGAAAAUCGGCUACAAGUAUGAGCAGAACAAGGCAAACGCCAUGCUGGUGAAGGAGGUGGACAUUGAGAAGGUGUCGUCAUUCAACCAGCCCUACAUUAGUGCCAUUAAGAUGCUGUGGACAGAUCCAGGCAUUCAAGAGGCCUACGACAGACGCAGAGAGUACCAGCUGUCAGACUCCACGAAAUACUAUCUCUCUGAUCUGGAUCGUAUCGCCGAGCCCUCCUACCUUCCCACCCAGCAGGAUGUUCUGAGGGUUCGAAUCCCGACCACGGGGAUUAUUGAAUACCCGUUCGACCUUCAAAGCAUCAUUUUCAGGAUGGUUGAUGUUGGGGGUCAGAGGUCAGAACGCAGGAAGUGGAUCCACUGUUUUGAGAAUGUGACGUCCAUCAUGUUCCUGGUGGCUCUGAGCGAGUACGAUCAGGUUCUAGUGGAAUCGGACAACGAGAAUCGUAUGGAGGAGAGCAAGGCUCUGUUCAGGACGAUAAUUACAUAUCCAUGGUUCCAAAACUCUUCUGUCAUCCUCUUCCUCAACAAGAAGGACCUGCUGGAGGAGAAGAUCUCCUACUCCCACCUGGUCGACUAUUUCCCAGAGUUCGAUGGGCCCCAAAGGGAUGCCCAGGCCGCACGGGAGUUCAUCCUAAAGAUGUUUGUGGAUCUGAACCCCGACAGCGACAAGAUCAUCUACUCGCAUUUCACCUGCGCCACCGACACGGAGAACAUCCGCUUCGUGUUCGCGGCGGUGAAAGACACCAUCCUGCAGCUAAACCUGAAGGAAUACAACCUGGUGUGAGACGUGCGACGAGUCCAACACAUGAAUCAGCAUAGAACAGGCACCCACAGAGCGUGCGCACACCUACGUCCACACCCCACACACACACGCACACAUACAUGCAUGCAUCAUGUACACUUUCAGAAACACGGUUCUUUUGAUUUCUCUUUCCCAGCUUCCAGAGUUUUUCUCUUUCUGUCCAGCGGAAUCAUAACAGACGUGUCCUGCUCGUCAUUUGUUUUUUAUUUGUUUGCCAAAGUCUGUCCUCUCAUCCCCGGCAGCUCUCGUCAAAGGCCUCUUUCCCUUUUAUCAAAUUUGACCACCGAAAUAAAGUGGCUCGGAUUUGACAAAGGGCGUUAGACUCCGACUCGCCGCUCCAACGUUCGCGUAUUUCAUGGAAAUGUUGGAUUGGCGGAGCUACGAUGAGAAUGAUCUGUGAUACGCUGGCCUGAAAAACUGGAAGUGACAUUCCUUCCCCUUUCCUGUACUAUCACUCGCUCCAAUCACGUCAUCUGCUCCGAGCGUUUCUCGGGAAUUCUGCCUGGAUGAAUGGAAAAAUUUGGUUUUCACAGCCCGGCAAAAAGAAAAAAAAAAAAAAAAAAAAAAAAAAAAAAAAAAAACACAACAUACUUACAUGGACACAUGGACUAGUGCUGUGGUGCCGGAAGUUCCGAAACGGAUCCUUCUAGAAUUCCGAGGAUUCCGGCGGAUUCUAGAAUCCAGUGGGUUCCAGCGGGUUCCACUGAUGCUGUGGAGAACCUGUCACUCGCAGAGAUGAUUCUCUCGACGAGGCUAGUCUUCAACGCGCAUCGAUGAAUGUAAACUUCAUGUGAGAGCAUCGCAAAUGCAAAAAAAAAAAAUUAUGACAAAAAAAUCCUAAAAAAAUGAUAAUGAACGAAAAUAGUAUAAGAAUGCCUAUAUAAGCAAAACGAUACAAAGCACGCAAGGGAGAGAUGAAACUAAUUAAAUCUGUGUAUAUUGCUGAGAUUAUCAUUUUAAAAACUUUUUAAUGAUAAGUAACUAUAGCUACUUCUACUGCUAUCGAAUAUAAAGUAAAUUAUAACAGCAGUCGAAUUAUUGAUGGGUAAGAGACAACGUUAAAGAUUUUUAAAUGUGCGCAAAACAGGAUUACACAUUUACGAUAGGUAUUGUUCUGCAGAUUUCCACAUUUAACGUUGAAAAUGAUUGCAUUGCUUCCUUCCCCCAUGGUUAUGUUUUAUUCUCCUUCCUGGUUUCGUUUUAAUUUCGCAAUCUAAAAAAGUAGUUUCGGAGUGAGCGAUUAUCCUUUUCCGCUCAUGAACAGAUGAUCCAGGCCGCAGACUCGCGGGUAUCGUCGUCGUCUAGCGGCACGGGUGCACACAAUCCAUUAUUUGUUUACGCAGUUUUUAAACUGUCAUAACGUAACUUCUUCGGUCGACAAUUUCAAGAAUUUCGCACGAGCUCCGGGGGAGGGUCGCGGGAGGAUGGGGUCAGGGGGACAGGAAAGCAUUUAUGCGCUGAAGUUAAUUGAUUGUGUAUAUUUAUAUUUGUAAAUACGUAUACACAUUGUUGCUUAUGUACAAAACAUCUGUGGUACACUAUCUUUGGCAAAAAAGAAAAAAAAUCACUUUUUCGUAAUUGUGUACGGUUCUGUUGGUUUUCUUAUGAAUUACAAUAUUAUUGAUACUGUGAUUCUUUGUUUUAAUUUUUGAUUUUUCUUUUUUGGUCACUAUGAAUACGUCAAAUGAUAUACCCAUAGCUGUACCUGACGGUAACGUGUGGAGGACGGACGUGAUGAGCAAUAGUCUAGAGCAGACUUUGGAAAGCGUUUGGAAACUUCGGAGACGGAUAGGGAAACAGCCUCCUCCACUGUGUGAAUGUUAUAUAGCAUAAAAAUAAAAAUAUGAUUUUUAAGCAAAAGAAAAAAAUUAUUAAAUAAAGAACGUUUUAUUUAUAUAAUUUAUGGACCAGAUCUGAAGUUGUUGAUCAUUUGAAUGCUAUUGUUUCCUCUUUCCUAUUUGAAGCACUCCCAUGUUAUGAGACAGAAAUAGGAGGCUAGUGUCUGUACUGCUGUAUAAACCUCCGUUAUGGAUAAAAUUAUCAGCCUUUCUUUUUUUCUU